AUGACUUAUUACAAACAAUGCCUUACAAAACCUCUAAAUCCACAAUAUAGAGGUGGAAUUGCGACAAACCCAGAACUGGAACAUGGUUCGGAAGGUUGGGAGGGGUUUGGAGAUUCUAAAAUCGAGUGGAGAGAAUCCGAGGACAAGGAUAACAAAUUCAUUGUAGCACAUAAAAGAGUUCACGCUUUUCAUAGUCCUUCGCAAACAUUCUUUUUAGAAAAGGAUAAAAUCUAUACUUUUUCUGCUUGGUUACAAGUAAGUCAUGGGAAUGAAAGCAUAUUUGCCAUAUUCAAAUCAAAAUCUGCAUUGCAUAAAGCUGGUACUGUAGUGGCUCAUUCUGGGUGUUGGUCUAUGCUUAAAGGUGGCAUAUCUGUUCAUAAAUCCGAGCGAUUUGAACUAUAUUUCGAGAGUAAUAAUACAAACAUUGAGAUAUGGGUUGAUAACAUUUCGUUACAACCAUUUACUGUAAAGCAAUGGAAAUCUCACAUUGAUCAUAGUGUUGAAAAGAUUCGUAAGAACCAUGUAAAAUUGCGGUUGGUAGAUGUUAAUGGAAAGCCUUUGGUGAAUACGUCGGUGUUGAUUAGACAAAGAAAGAACCACUUCCAAUUCGGAUGCGCCAUAAACAGUAACAUCCUAACAAAUAGUGGUUAUCAGAAAUGGUUUACCUCUCGUCAAUUCACAGUAACCACAUUUGAGAACGAGAUGAAAUGGUAUAGCACAGAAUCGAAUAGAGGCGUAGAGGACUAUUCGGUUGCUGAUGGCAUGCUGAAAUGGGCCAAGAACCAUAAGCUCUCGGUACGUGGUCACAAUGUCCUAUGGAAUGAUCCCAAGUACCAAGUUGGGUGGCUCAACUCCCUAUCGAACCAUGAUUUCAAACAAGCCGUCGAUAAAAGGAUAAACUCAAUCGUGAGUAGAUAUGCAGGUCAAUUGAUUGCAUGGGAUGUCGUGAAUGAGAACCUACACUUCAAUUAUUUUGAGAGUAGGCUUGGAAGUAAAGUCGAUUUGUUUAGGAAGAUAAGUGCAAGAGACUCUAGAACACCAUUGUUCUUGAAUGAAUAUAAUACAAUUGAAGAGCCAAGGGAUAUGGCUAGCUCACCAGAUAAAUAUAUACAAAAGAUUAAGCAGAUAAAGGCUCAAGGAUAUAAUGGGCCAUUAGGUAUUGGGCUUGAGGCUCAUUUUAAUAAACCAAAUCUAGCUUACAUGAGAGCUUCUAUUGAUAAACUUGCCACAACAGGAUUACCCAUUUGGCUCACAGAAGUGGAUGUUGGUGGCUCUGGCCCUAGACAGGCAAGAUAUUUAGAUCAAGUGUUAAGAGAAGGGUAUGGACACCCUGCAGUCAAAGGAAUAGUGUUAUGGGCAGGAUGGAAGCCAGAAGGAUGCUAUAGAAUGUGCUUGACCGACAAUAAUUUUAAAAAUCUUCCAACCGGAGAUGUGGUAGACAAGUUUCUUAGCGAGUUAAAGCUUAAAAAGGACCUUUCUGUUAUGACAGAUGACAAGGGUUAUUUUGAGACCAAACUUCAUCACGGAGAUUAUAAGUUGAGAAUCAAUUAUUCAAGUUUGAGGUUAAACAAUUUAUACGGAGCUAAAGAAUCUGGUUUUCAAGUAACAAAUGCAUUGGAUAGAAUACAACCUGUUCAAAUUAUUACUAUUUGA